UUUCGCGCCAAACAGCAAAACAGCUGGUGGUGUCAGCAGCAUCAGCACCACACAGACCACAGCGUCCAGUUUAGCAACAACAAAAAUGGCUAACUAGCUAACGUUAGCUAGCUACUUUGUUUUGAAUCUGUAAAAGGUUUCUCUGGUUUUUGCUGAAGUACCUUUCCUCUGUUGAGAUUUGGUUUCACUGAAAGGUGUAGUGGAUAAAAAAAAGGAAUGGAUAAACACACACAAGAUGGUUGUUUUCCCAUUGAGGAAGAUACUGCUCCAUUGUCUCCUAAACGACUAAGGGCAGAUUGCACAAUAACAAACAAACACAGUUGCAAAACCCAUUUCAAAUUCCCAGAACUGUUGAGUUUCCGGAACAACGACGGUGUCACAUCACUGCAGAAUAGGCCUAUUCUUCAGGAGGACAAAACACAUAGAGUUGAAUCUGACCAUGAAUAUCUCAAAUACACAGUGACAGGAUUUAAUUGUGGAGAAAUGGGAAAAGAGGAGAGUACAGCUCUCGGAGAUAAUCAGACAUGCGCAGGGUCAUGUGUAAUCAGUCCUCGCAGUACAGAUGGAGACUCUCAAGGUCUAUGUCAAGGGCUAGAUGAACAACAUGAUCCACUUAGUGAAACAGGCACCUCUUCUUACAGCUUUCACUCUAGAAAUGAAGCAGGGUGUGUGUCAGCAAAGUCUCACUCUUCUGAUGACAGAGCAACUGAUACAUCCUCAAGUCAUGAUUUCAAUCAGCCUGGGAAAUCACUCAAAUGCAGUCUCACCGGUACUAGUCCCGCAGCAGAUGAAGAAGCAGUGACUGAACAAAAUGGUGAAAGCCGCAUCCCAGUAACCGACCACAGCUCAAGUGUGAGUGAUGGUACUGAAGAACGUGAUUACACCUGUAAAAGCCUGGCUCUGAAUUCAGCCAUUUACAGUAUGGGCUUCAUCAAAGGAUCUACUGAAGGUGAAAAUAAUCAUCAUAUUCAGAAUGAGGAUAAACAUGGAUUCAAUCAAAGUAUCUGCUAUGAGAAAGAGGCCAGGCGUUACCCAUUACCCAGUGACUACAGAGAGGACUGCGAGUCAUCUGGCUCUCAUGCUGAAACUGAACCUUUUGGGAACUUUACAGGAGUGAAAAAAAAUGAGGGAAAUGUAGCCAAAUUGCAGAAUGAUGUGAGAGAAAAUGCAGAUGUCUGCGAUAGAGAAGCAAAAGCCCAAGUUAACAAGAAGUACUUCAUGCAUAAUGACAGCUCUGCCGCAGCUGAGACAGUAGUUGAAUAUAUAGAUGGUUCCGUUGUCACUUGUUAUACGGUAUUAGACAGACCUGUACUGAGUGAUGGGGCUGAGAUCAAUAUGGGUCUUACGCAUGAUGAUCUCCGUGAACCAACAUUGGGGCACGCUGUUGGCACUGUGACAGCUGAAACUUUGUAUGAACUGGGUGUUGAUCACAACACAAUACAGAAACUGUCGGUUUCAACAGACCUCAGUCAAAAGCCAGCUGAUGUUAAUCGCAACAAAAUAGCAAGUGUAACCGAACAUGCAGUUUGCUCUGACGUCAACGGAGUGGCUUUAGAAACGACGUCUCCUCUCCACCCACCACAACCAGAAUAUACCACGUCUCCUCUCCACCCACCACUACCAGAAUAUACCAUGUCUCCUGUCCACCCACCACAACCAGAAGAUACCACGUCUCCUCUCCACCCACCACAACCAGAAUAUACUACGUCUCCUUUCCACCCACCACAACCAGAAGAUACCACGUCUUCUCUUCAUCCACCACAACCAGAAUAUACCACGUCUCCUCUUCAUCCACCACAACCAGAAGAUGCCACGUCUCCUCUUCAUCCACCACAACCAGAAGAUACCACGUCUCCUCUUCAUCCACCACAACCAGAAGAUACCACGUCUCCUCUCCACCCACCACAACCAGAAGAUACCACGUCUCCUCUCCACCCACCACAACCAGAAGAUACCACGUCUCCUCUUCACCCACCACAACCAGAAGAUACCACGUCUCCUCUCCACCCACCACAACCAGAAGAUACCACGUCUCCUCUCCACCCACCACAACCAGAAUAUACCACGUCUCCUCUUCAUCCACCACAACCAGAAGAUACCACGUCUCCUCUUCAUCCACCACAACCAGAAUAUACCAUGUCUCCUCUUCACCCACCACAACCAGAAUAUACUAUGUCUCCUCUCCACCCACCACAACCAGAAUAUACUACGUCUCCUCUCCACCCACCACAACCAGAAGAUACCACGUCUCCUCUUCAUCCACCACAACCAGAAUAUACCACGUCUCCUCUUCAUCCACCACAACCAGAAGAUACCACGUCUCCUCUUCACCCACCACAACCAGAAUAUACCAUGUCUCCUCUUCACCCACCACAACCAGAAUAUACUAUGUCUCCUCUCCACCCACCACAACCAGAAUACACCACGUCUCCUCUUCAUCCACCACAACCAGAAUAUACCACGUCUCCUCUUCAUCCACCACAACCAGAAGAUACCACGUCUCCUCUUCACCCACCACAACCAGAAUAUACCAUGUCUCCUCUUCACCCACCACAACCAGAAUAUACUAUGUCUCCUCUCCACCCACCACAACCAGAAUAUACCACGUCUCCUCUCCACCCACCACAACCAGAAGAUACCACGUCUCCUCUUCAUCCAUCACAACCAGAAUAUACCACAUCUCCUCUCCACCCACCACAACCAGAAUAUACCACGUCUCCUCUCCACCCACCACAACCAGAAGAUACCACGUCUCCUCUUCACCUACCACAACCAGAAUUUACCACGUCUCCUCUCCACCCACCACAACCAGAAGAUACCACGUCUCCUCUUCAUCCAUCACAACCAGAAUAUACCACGUCUCCUCUUCAUCCACCACAACCAGAAGAUACCACAUCUCCUCUUCACCCACCACAACCAGAAUAUACUAUGUCUCCUCUUUACCCACCACAACCAGAAGAUUUCCUCUUGAGGACUGCUGAAUAUGUCAGGAGUGCUACUUUGGAGCUCUCUUUGCAUUUUGAUGCUCAAAAUGGAACCCAACUCAAAGGUGAAUAUGAAGACACCUGCCAGUUAUUGGUGGAACAGUGCAGCUGCACAACAGAGGAACAUGACACAAGCAGCCAGGGGAUCCAUCAUUGGGAGCCACUUCUCAGCAGCACUCCUGGCCAUGAAGAGAGUUAUGAUGCUGAAGAGGGAAGCGAAGUAAGUUCUGACACAGCAAAACACCUUUGUGAGGAAUGGGACCCAGCUGGCCAGGUUUCUACCAUUAAAGACUAUCUAAAGACACGUGAGGCUGUUAGUUUUCCAUCUGAGUGCACAGUUCUGAAUGGAAUAAUGGAUGAAAACGGUGACAGUGUUACAGAAACUGACCUGCAUGUCGAUUCAGUGAACAAGGAACUUGGAAUGAUACCUCGAUGUGACAUGCUAAGCACAGGGGUCAUAGGUGCGAUGACUGGUGAGUGGAUCAACAACUGGCCCAAAGGAGAACUCUGCAAAGUUGCCAACCUACCAAUACUCCACCUUCCUGCAGAAGCUACACCUGGAACUGUUCUCUUGCAGGCUGCCAAGGAGGGUCCAGCAGUUGAUCACACCGACGGAACUGAAGCACUACUCAAGAUUGAAAACAAUCUUGUGGUCCCUUUCACCUCAGUACCCAACGAUGCUGUCGUCCCAGGAUCAGAUUCUAACCCAGAGGAUGACACAGUACGGGACCGAGAGGAGGACCGAUCAGUCUCAGUCAUGCCAUCUGCGGCACACAUUCUCUCUGACUGUGUGCCAGUUGGGUUUGACACAUUUGAAAAGAUCCAGCUCUGUCCCCUUGACACCAAUGGCCUGGAGCACAGCCCUCUCCUCAGCAGCUCGCCCAGUCAAACGUUUAAAACUGAGUUCCAACACCACAGUGCUGGUGGCACUAUGCACUCAGGAGAGAGUGAUGAAGAGGACAUAGCAGAGGAAGAAGAGGACCAGUGCCAAGAGGAAGCUGAGAGGGGAUUUUUCCACUGUGAAAACACCAAGUUUAAUGAAGUCCCUGUCCCCGACUUUAUCUCACCCCAAAUCUCUCCAUCAUUGAGUCCAGAAAUGCCUUGCCAGUCUUCUAUUCUUUUCUGUGGAACUUCCCAGUGUGAUUCUCCCCCUCAGGCAAAACUCCCAACUCUCACCUCUGACAAAAACAUCCAUCCGGUUUCUGAAACCCUUGACUUCCCAGAGUUUGAAAUAAAGGAGAGGUUUGACAUGGUCAUGGAAGAGCUCAGUUUGUAUUUUGAGAUCAGUGACGAGGCAGGUUAUCAAUCAUCCGAAAGAGCAACGUCUGAACAGUGCAGCGUUAGGGAUCCUGGAGCUGAGGAGGACAACACUGAUUUAAUAACACGGAGCACUAGUGACCAUCCAAGCAGCCAGGAUGCGGUGGAAGACGAACCACGUGGAGGCACAUCAAUGGGAGAUGAUGACCACGGUCUGAAAACAUAUCAAGCAGAACCAGAAACUACAUGUACCACUGGGGGCCUUGACUGUGAGCAGGAGGUGCCUCUUGAAUGCUGCCAUCAAGGCACAGAGGGAGAGGACUCAAUGUACUCUUCAGCCAAGCACAAAGAUCACUCCAGGGGGCAGGGAGCAGAUGAGAAAUGCAAGCUGUGGUCUCCUGCGUUCAUGUUUCUCCCAUGCCUGGACCAGUUAAACCAAAGAAAGCCUGAGCAACCUAAAAGAUUGGAGCCUCUGAAAACAUGCACACGUCCCAUCAGGGUUGGACUCUCCAAGAAGGCUAAGACUAAACAACUUCACCCCUACUCCAAGUGAGCACUUGAUGAAAUGUAUUUAUGCAGGAUAUGUUACCUUAUUUUAUUUUAACUUCAUUUACACAGGGAAGUUCACAUUGAGACCCAGUUCUCUUUUACAAGUGAGCCCUUAACACAUAAAAUACCUUCUUCUUUAUAGUAUAGUAUUUCUGGGUUUAACUCUAGCUCUAUGCUAUACUAUUGAAAAUAUAAGAGAUUAUUAAAAGCCUUACUUCAAAUGAGAAAAUGAGCACUUCAUGUAAUGUAUUUACAGUGCAUUCGGAAAGUAUUCAGACCCCUUGACUUUUUCCACAUUUUGUUAAGUUACA